GCAGAUCCCUCCUGGUAUCAGCUCUCUGUAAAAAGCAACUCCGCGCAGAUAGCGAAAUCAAAAAAAUCAAACCCAAAUAUCCAGACAUUCAUCGGCCAGCCAACAUUUAUGAAAAUAAAUGCAUAGAUAAUUCCGAGAAUUGGAAACUUAAAACGACUCUUUUGAUCUUCUCUCACUUCUACACAGAGUGUGUCGAACCUACUUCUCAUUUCCUCCAUUUUUUUAUAUUAAAUAAUGGAUGCAAAGCCCAAGAGGAGAGUUAUUAGCGAGAAUGGUGAUAUGGGAGAGGACUUGGUCCUAGCCACUUUGAUUGGGAAUGGAGAUGAUGUGGGUCAUCUUGUUAGACACUCCUUUGAAAUUGGGCGGCCAGAACCACUAGUCCUGCAGCUGAAGAAUGUUGUGAGAAAGAAGGAAACUGAAAUUGAGGACCUCUGCAAGACACACUAUGAGGAAUUUAUCCUUGCAGUUGAUGAGCUUCGUGGUGUGUUGGUUGAUUCAGAAGAGUUAAAAAGAGAUCUUGCAAGCGAUAAUUUUAAGUUGCAAGAGGUUGGGAGUGCUCUCUUGGUUAAGCUUGAAGAGCUUCUGGAAUCCCAUUCAAUUAAGAAAAAUGUGACUGAAGCUUUAAAAAUGUCGAAGAUUUGCAUUCAAGUCUUGGAGUUGUGUGUUAAAUGUAACACUCACAUCUCUAAAGGUCAGUUUUUCCCUGCAUUGAAAAGUUUGGACCUGAUUGAGGAGAACUACUUGCAGAAUAUCCCCCUAAAGGCACUCAAGAUGAUGGUAUGGAGGACCAUUCCAGUUAUAAAAUCACAUAUUGAGAAGAAAGUAACUAGUCAGUUUAAUGAGUGGCUGGUUCAGAUCAGGAGCUCUGCAAAAGAUAUUGGACAGACAGCAAUAGGUCAUACUGCAUCAUCACGUCAGAGGGAUGAGGAAAUGCUAGAGCAACAGAGGAAAGCCGAGGAGCAAAACAUUUCUGGGUUGGUAGAAUCUGCUUAUACUUUGGAUGUGGAGGAAAUUGAUGAUGAUGUUGUUUUAAAGUUUGAUCUCUCACCUCUUUAUCAGGCAUACCAUAUCCACACUUGCCUUGGAAUUGCUGAGCAGUUUCGUGAAUAUUUUUAUAAGAAUCGGAUGUUGCAGCUAAGUUCUGACCUGCAAAUCUCUUAUGCACAACCAUUUGUUGAAUCAUAUCAAACUUUUUUGGCUCAGAUUGCUGGCUACUUUAUAAUUGAAGAUCGGGUCCAAAGAACUGCUGGGGGACUCUUGUCUGCUGACCAAGUUGAGACAAUGUGGGAAACAGCUGUAGCUAAAUUAACUUCCAUUUUGGAGGAACAAUUUUCUCAAAUGGAUUCUGCAACACAUCUUCUUCUGGUGAAAGAUUAUGUCACACUUCUUGCAGCAACCCUCAGGCAGUAUGGGUAUGGAGUGGAUCCAAUUCUUGAGAUAUUGGAUAAUAGCCGAGACAAAUACCAUGAGCUCCUCUUAGAAGAGUGCCAGCAGCAGAUUGCUAAUAUUCUUUCGAAUGAUACAUAUGUACAGAUGGAAAUGAAGAAGGAUACUGACUAUGAGAGUAAUGUUCUAGCCUUCCAUCUUCAGACGUCAGACAGAAUGCCAGCCUUCCCCUUUAAUGCACCAUUUUCCAGCAUGGUACCUGAUUGUUGCCACAUUGUCCGUUCAUUCAUCAAAGGGUCUGUUGAUUAUUUGUCUUACGGAAUGCAUACUAAUUCUUUUGAUUUUCUGAGGAAGUACCUCGACAAGCUCUUGAUUGAUGUCUUAAAUGAAGUCAUACUUAAUACAAUUCAUGAUAGUGGCAUUGGUUUCUCUCAAGCCAUGCAGAUUCCUGUGAACAUUGCAUUUCUUGAAAGAGCAUGUGAUUAUUUCCUUCAACAUGCUGGUCAACUAUGUGGGAUCCCCGCCCGAUCAGUUGAAAGACCAGAAGUCACUUUAACAGCAAAAGUGGUCCUUAAAACUUCAAGAGAUGCAGCUUAUGAUGCUCUGCUGAACUUGGUAAAUACUAAAUUGGAUGAGAUUAUGGCAAUUACGGAAAAUAUCAACUGGACUUCGGAGGAGAUUUCUCAAAGUAAUAGUGAGUAUAUCAAUGAGGUGAUUAAUUACCUUGAUGCCAUUUUGUCAACUGCGCAGCAAAUUUUUCCUUUGGAUGCUUUGUACAAAGUUGGAAGUGGGGCUCUUGAGCACAUUUCUAAUUCUAUUGUGGCAGCAUUUCUUAGUGAUAGUGUCAAGAGGUUCAAUGCAAAUGCAGUCAUGACUCUCAACAGUGAUCUGAAGAUGCUAGAGGAUUUUGCUGAUGAGAGGUUUCAUAGCACUGGCUUGAGUGACAUAUACAAGGAUGGUAAUUUUAGAAGCUAUUUGAUAAAAGCUCGACAACUGAUAGACCUUUUGUCCAGCAGCCAACCAGAAAACUUCAUGAAUCCUGGGAUUAGGGAGAGAAAUUACAAUGCUUUGGAUUACAAGAUGGUCGCUACCAUUUGUGAGAAAUUCAAAGAUUCCACAGAUGGGAUCUUUGGGAGCCUUUCAAGCAGAAACACAAAGCAAAGUACUAGGAAGAGAUCACUGGACGUGCUGAAGAAAAGAUUGAAAGAGUUCAACUGAGGAUUGUAUGUCAAUAAAAAUUGAAGACUAAGAAGAAUUCAAUAAUUUCUCUGCAUUAGAAGUAGUUAUGCUAAUUUCAUGAUAGUUAUUUCUUUCCUCUAUUUCUUUUGAUUUUUAGAAUGGCAUGGAUUAAUCAGCUUUGAUGUUCAUAAAUUUUUAUAAUAAAGUUCCCUUAUAUUU